AUGGACGAGGAGCUGAGCCUGCAAAGCAGAUUGAAGAGAAAGAUUGAAGGCUUCGAUCGGAAGUUUUCAAGAAAGAGAAAGAGCCGUGGGAGCCCGUACGCCUUUCCUCAAACUGAUUUGAAGACGUGGGAGGCUGCGGAGUUUCUUUCAAACGACGUAGACUCUCUGGGCGUGAUCAUAGGACCGCUUUUAAAAAGCAACAACCAGAAGGUUAAGUCGAUGAAGUCUGGUGCUGAGACCAGUCUUUCCGCAGAUGCAGUUGACGAAGAUGUGGCCCCACAAGAGGGGACGGCUACCAAGCUGUCGAGUGCGCGGGAAAAGGGAAAAACCUGGACCCAAAAUGAGAUUGAUAGUCUCGUUUCGCAACUGAGCAGCAUUCUUAACCGAGUUUCGGACACGAAUCUGGACCUCACUUGCAGCAAACUUUACAAGUAUUUUUCUGAGAUUCGUCAUGACCCCCUUGGGUUCGUCCAUUUGAGAGACAUAUUUUGUACAGUUCUUUGUUCUGCUCGCAUGGGGCGCACGUUUGAAAAUUCGGUUGCUAUGGAAAACCCAAAAGGGCAGCAUGAAGGCGUAUCAACAUUUAACUGUGCAGCUUUGUGUGCUGUUCUGAUUUAUCUUCACUGCACCGUCGACGCUAGUUUCGUCAACUGCUUUUUCGUGAAAGUCACAGAGAGGCUCCAAAAUGUUGGAGCAUCCGGAAGAUUAGACUUGCAAAAUUUGCUUGAUGCUUUAACGCCGCUAUGCCAUCUGUUUCUGGGCGGAAUGAUUGAAUGGGAAGUCGUAUUUGAACUUGCCAAGUCAUCCGUGCUCAACAGCGGAAACGCAGUCGGUCUCGUUGGUAUGCUUCAUGUCACGAAGCUCUGUGGUUUGCAUCUUCGUAAUUCUUUUCCCGAAAAGUUUGCGGCAUUCGAGGCUCAACUAAGAAGUAUCUGUAGGAACAUGCAUGAGACUACCUCGUGUGGAUGCGAAAGAAGCAGCCACUUCAGAGAGUUUCAUGAAGGCUGCACAGUUUACAUGAUAGAAACAGUUAUUGCGGACGUCGUACGCGAAAGUCGAUCACAAGAGCUGAGCGCUCAGAGCGCUCUGGAACCUGUGCCCGAAGCUUUACUGUGGGUUCAUGCCAAACUAGGAUCAUCUUUCGUUUACGAAAAACGCAUUAGAGCAAACGCGACUAUUUCAAAACGCCCCGAAGUUUGUGAUGAUGCGAGCAAGGAGAGCCUAGUAACUGAUGGCGGGAUCCUUUGGGAGAAUUCUAGCCUCACCAGAAGGGCUUCGUCGAAGGGUACGUCAGGAGCUACUGAGCUCUUGGAAUCCAAGGAUCGAAUCUCUUCUUUACUGGAUAGGAAUCGUAUCUGGAGCGCGACUGGCAGAUCAGUUGUUGAGAUUUUGGCCUCCUCUGUGAAUUUCAUAGAAGCCGCUUCAAGAAUUUACAAGUUACUAAGCCGUAGUUCACGAAGCGCUUCGCUGUAUCAGGCUUUAGAAGCUAUUCUCCAGUGUUAUCUGAAUGAAAAGAAGACGAACGAGUUUUACGGCCAUCUUCUGAUUGAACUUUGCUCCUUUUAUGGAAGAAAAGCUCUUUCUCCUCUCCGCCAAGUGCUACGAAACACGUGUCCUACUGCGGAACGAUCUGUGGAUACUUCAGUUGUGGCAGAGCCUACAAAAAUCGAAAAACGUGUGCGACUUCUAGUGACAUUUCUCAACUCACAUGGUCUGAGCGACGAGAAACUUUUUCGUGAUCCCAAGCCUAUGAAUAGCAGAAAAUAG